AUGUGCAACGUUGGCAUACAAGCAGCGUUGCUUGCAUACGCCAUAGAAGGAAUUUUCCCCAACAAUUCUAUUCAAGUCUACAAUGUGAGUCACAUUAAAAAUCCUUUCGAACAUUAA